AAAGUUUGAACAGGAAGUAGCUGACGGCCCAGCAUGCCCUGCUUCUGGCGAUUUCAGCGUCUCUCUCAUCAGAUUGCUGACUUUGCAGCGGCUCGUAUAGGAUGUGUGUACGUCAGGUCAACUCGGGCUGUACGUCUGACUGAGAGUCCACUUAAAGAACAAAAACAUAAAGAGAGUUGAGGGCACUUUUCAUCGACACAGUCAGACUACAAUGCAAGCGGAUCAACAUGGUCGCCUUGUCCUCUGCAGGAUGGAGAGCAUCCUGUGUGCCUCUGUGUGUAUAUUUAAGCCAAAAGAAAAAAAAUAAAAGUGUUAAAAUGUCGGUCAAAGCCACAGAAAACCACCCUGAAAGGGUAGAGAGUUUAAAAAUCUUUGUCCCACUUUCAUAAGAGGUGUCAGAAGUCUAAAUAUAAAAACAUAGAGACUGAAAUAUCCAACAAUAACUCCAGUUUAUAAACUCUAAACCAUUGAUGUAACUGCUCUAUCAUUUCCUGGUUAUUUCCUAAAUACUCAGAUAUAAAAUAAAUAACUGUGUCUCAGAAUAUUGACUCUAUUUUCACUGCUAGCAAUUUCAAUUAUUUCCAAGAAACUUUCUGGAAGUAUUGAGAAAUUACAGGACCCUUAACGUAAAGAUAUUCUGCAUCAUUACAUAAACAGGCCUGAUUUAUUAUCUGGAACAUAUUUUAAAAGAAUCCUAAUAUUUGUAUAUUUGGAGGCAGGAUGUGACUGUUGGUCCAACAGGAUGUGCAAAUAUCACAACAUCUGUUUCUUUGCAGUAACAUCUGAGUUUGUAUUUAGUGUUAAACAGAUAUAUUCGCAUAUUUACAUUAAUAUUGAGUCAAAAGAUUAGUUGAAAUUCUACUAAACUCCACGUUUGUGUCUCCUCAUAGAGCCUGAGACUAGUUUUCUUGUCACUCUGCCCCGCAGACUGAAUCACAGGAAGACUCCACACAUCUGGUGCGCUCCAGCUCCAACUGGUAAACACAAUCUCACCACCAGUGCGCGCGCGUGCGCGUGAGUGCGCGGGAUGCUGAUGCUGUUUGUUGCUCCUGUAGAAACCUCAUUGGCUGAGACAAAGAUUCAUCCAGUGCUGAUUGGCUCAAAGUUUGUCCGUUUUGUUUUGAUGGUGGUCCCAUAAAUGAAAAGCCUCAGAGCGCAGAGACUCACAGCGCGCAGAGAGCUUCAAGACGAGCCAGCUGAGAGAAGAAACCGUCAAUAAGAUCCUUUAUUUCUGAAAUAAGGAGUAUCAGGUCUACAGAGAGCCAUGCUUGCUGCGUGUCUGGAGUUCCUCGGCUUGGGGAUGUGCGUCACGGGCUCCCUGCUGGUGAUGAUCGCCUGCGGGCUCCCGAUGUGGAAGGUGACCGCCUUCAUCGACUCCAACAUCGUGGUGGCUCAGACCAUCUGGGACGGUCUGUGGAUGUCCUGCGUGGUGCAGAGCACCGGCCAGAUGCAGUGCAAAGUCCACGACUCGGUGCUGGCCCUGACCCAGGACCUGCAGACGGCCCGCGCCCUCACGGUGGUCUCUGCAGUGCUGGGGGUCGUCGCCCUCACGGUGACCAUCGCCGGUGCGCAGUGCACCAACUGCAUCAAGGAUGAGACGGUGAAGGCUAGAGUGGUGAACGCCGGAGGGGUCAUCUACAUCGUGAGCGGGCUGUUCGUGCUGGUGCCGCUCUGCUGGAUGGCCAACAACAUCAUCGUGGACUUCCACGACCCGCAUAUGCCUCCGUCCAAGAAGAGAGAGAUCGGCGCGGCGAUCUACAUCGGCUGGGCGGCCACCGCGCUGCUGCUGUUCGGCGGGACCCUGCUGUGCUGCUCCUUCUCCUCGGUGGUCAGAGGCACAUAUCCCAUCAAAUACGCCCCCACCAAGACCAUCACAGCCAACGGAGAGUUUGACAAGAAGCAUUAUGUAUAAACUGAAAGUCCUCUUUUAUAACUUUAGGACUUUUAUUUGAGGCACAACUUUCACCACAACUUCAACCAAACUGAUGUUAAAGUUUGAAGUGAUGUGAAGCCAAAAGACGCUGAGCCUUCACACAUCAGUGACACUUUUUGGUUUGAUGCUCAGAAGACAUGAUAAGCACAUUGUGGUUGUGACAGUUGUACAUGAAAGUGUAAAAUAUGGGUUUAUUUUAUGGGGCAUCUGCAUGGUUAAAACACUGGAUUGAAUGUAAUUUUUUUUUUAAUGUUUGUGCAGAAACUAAGUUUAUUUAAACUCCUGAUAGGUUUAAAUCUGCUUUGAAUUCCUCAUAAAGCAACUUCAAGUGAAGUCUGAGGAGUCUGAUAAUCUGCACACUCAGUGGUUCAUAAAUAAAAAACCAUUAAGAGAUUCAUUAGAAGUAGAAAUCUGAAGUGUUUGUUCAUAUUGUAAUCAUGUCAUUGUGCCGGCUGUCUGUCUAUGUGUGUCUAUGUGUGACCUCUGAAAAGCUGCACAGCUUCAUUGUAAAUAGUUUUUUUUUUUUGUCUUCUUCCUCUCUGCCAGUGAACUAAUUUUGCUUAUGAGAUUAGUUCCCACAGUGAACAUGCAGCAGACAGCGAGGCCCAUUCAGCCCAAUGUGCGCUCAUGUUGUGAUCAAAGGAGGGAAUUUGCAUUUGAAUACAUGUACAGUGUUUUGUGUUUCCUGUAAUUUUUUUUCUAGUCUUUUAACAGAAAAUACUUUUCUAAUAAAGUGGGAAAAACAACCAUUAAA